AUGCAGUCAAAAGAGUUACUAGAUGCAACUAAGUUGCACGAGGAGAUGCUUCAGCGACCGGAUCCCACAAUCUCAGAACAGCAGCGUACGCUCAGUGAGCUCGCCCACCUCGACAGCAUAGAUGCGCAGCUUGUGGAACACUGGAAGGACCUCCAUACAAGCCUCAUCUCCCGGACAGCCCUGCUGGCCAACAUUAUGGGUUAUCAAGGAUUCUUUGCAACAUCAAUACUACUGGACUAUGCGGGACACUCACCGCGCGAGGCAGGCCUUGGCUCUUGGGUGUCCAAGCACCUUGAGACGCUCAACAAGCACCACAGCACGGGAGAGAAAAGUGAUAAGGAUAUCAAGCUGUACCAAAAAACGUUUGCGAGUCCCAAAAAGGAAAUGAUGCUAGACCAGGAUCACGUUGAGAGAAGACUCAGGAUUGCUGCAGCACAGCCAUACCCCACCGGCGAGAUUUUCCGCCUGAUCGAUGAAUGCGACUGGGCGAGUCUGGCCGCGAUGCUGAUCGACGACCGCAAGCUUGCCGUGACCUUAUACAGCCAGAAGCCGCUGGACCCAAAGUCCUACAACGACAAUAUAUCAAAGAUAGUGCUACGGAAAAUGGACGAGAUAAAGGACAAAUAUUUCACGGACCUCUCCAGAGCGUCCACGUACACAACCAGCAAGCACGCAAAAGACCUGUCGGCCAGGAAAGCAGCUGGACUUGCCCAUUUCCACAGAACCGAAUCGACAUUCAGACGAAGACUGGGCUGUGGCGACCGCGAAAGGCGUCUUCAACAAGGUUAUCAGCAGCCUCGGGCUUGGGGCGGGCACAAGUCCCACAUCUGGGCCCUCAAAUGCUUCUCCCAGGGCCAGCACGGGAUUCAACAGCUCAAUUGCUCCCAUCGACGAAUAACUGAUAUUGAAUGA